ACAUUACGAUCGUAACACUCGACUUUUAUAGAUUGACAAAGUUAAGUCGACAAGCGUUAUUUAUUCGUAACGAUAAUGGAGAAAUUGGUGAAUGUAACGAGGAUAUUGAGAAGAGGGUUUAAUGCACCAAAUCGAGAAAAUGGUGACGAUUACGGCAAGUUACGUGACAUUAAAUUAAGUGUCAAGUUACUGGAUGUAGAUAUAGACAAGAAUCGAGAAAUUUCCAAAAUUCAAAGGUCAAAACAGGUUCAAACUCAUAGGAACGUUCAAGGAGACGUUUGCGAAAUGAGACACAGUCCUUUGAGGAUUAUAAAGUUAGCAGAAAGUGGGUCGAUACGAGAAUUCCAAAAAUUUUAUUUUGAAGACGUAAGCAGAAUAGAAUUUAAGGACAAACACGGCCAAACGGCUUUACAUCAUGCUGCCGCUAAAAAUCAUGUUGGCAUCGUGGAAUUCAUCGUAGAACGUCAUGGAGGUAUUGACAUGAAAGACAGUCAAGGAAAUACUGCACUACACGUAGCAGUUUUGAAUGAUUCUUACGAGACCUUGAAAUGUCUUCUUAAAUACGAUGCAGAUUCAACUCUCCUCAACAAUGAUUUGAAAGCACCAAUUCAUCUCGCUACAGAGUAUAAUAAAGUGAGGAUACUUGAGGAGUUAGUUAAGCAUAAAGAAGGGAUAGGAACCACAGUUCGUGGUAGACAUGGACGAACAGCGCUUCAUAUAGCCGCAAUUUUUGAUAGAGCCGAAUGUAUACGAAUAUUGCUGAGCCAAACAGCUUGUUGCCCCAGAAUUGCAUGUGAUAAUGGUUAUUAUCCAAUACACGAAGCUGCUAAGAAUGCAUCUGCUAAUGCACUAAAAGCCCUUUUGGAUUGGGGUCAGUCAAGAGGUUAUGCUAAGGAAGACAUGAUGAAGUGUUAUGAUGCUGAUGGAAACGUACCUUUACAUUCUGCUGUACAUGCUGGAGACAUUAAAGCAGUAAAACUUUGUUUGGAAAGUGGAGCUGUUAUAAGUACUCAACAGCAUGACCUUUCGACUCCUGUGCAUUUAGCAUGUGCACAAGGUGCUAUGGAGAUCGUUAAAUUAAUGUUUGAAUCACAAAACGAGCAAAAAUCAUCUUGUUUAUCGAUCUCUGAUGCACAGAAGAUGACACCUUUACACUGUGCUGCUAUGUUUGAUCAUCAAGAUUUAGUGGAAUAUUUAAUUACUGAGGGAGCCGAUAUUACUGCACCAGAUAAAGAAGGCAGAUCUGUAUUACUGUUAGCUGCUGCUAGAGGAGCUUGGAAUACAGUUAAAAUAUUACUAAAAAUGGGUGCUAAUAUCAGCGAUCACGAUAAUGGAAACAGAAAUUUGUUACACCAUGUUGUACUCAGUGGAGGAUGUUUGAGUGACAUUUGUAAUGACAUAAUAAAGGUAUACAGUCUAAUAUUUAAUAUUUUUAAAUUUAUGAAUAUGAAAACAUUUCACUUGAUCUUUCAGAAUACUUCUGAGUUGCUGGAUUUACUGAACGAAAAGGACUUUUCGGGGUGUACUCCUAUGCAUUAUGCAUCUUUAAAUGGUCAUUUGAAGACUAUACAGAGUCUUCUCUAUCUGGGAGCUAUUAUAAAUUUAAAAAACAAUGAAAAUCAAUCACCUUUACACUUUGCUGCAAGAUACGGUCGUUACAAUACUGUUCGUCACCUACUCGAAACGAAGAAAGGUCACAUGAUUAUUAACGAGAUGGACGGCGAAGGUAUGACACCACUUCAUAUUGCAUCUCAGAAUGGUCAUAUAAGAGUUGUACAAUUGCUCUUGGUUAAGGGCGCUUUAUUGCAUAGAGAUCAUAAAGGUAGAACCCCUCUACAUUAUGCUGCUUACAAUGGAUACACGCAAACGAUGGAGCAACUCUUAGCUGUGCACUCACAUCUCUUAGAUCAAACAGACAGAGAUGGUAAUACCGCACUUCACAUGGCGUCUUCUAACAAUAAAAGCAAUGCUGUUAGUUUGUUACUGAGCUUAAAUUGCAAGAUCAUAACUAAUAGUCAAGAUAUGACUGCGAUAGAUUGUGCUCUCAACUAUAAACACAACGAAGUGACUAUGGCUAUGGUGACUCAUGUGACUAGAAGCGAAGAAAUAAUGUGCUGCAAGACAAAGAAAUAUUCUUGUUUAUUAGAAGGUUUGACAGCUGUUAUGCCCGAUAUUAUGAUGGCAGUUCUUGAUAGAGGAAUUGUUAAAUCAAAGUUCAGUGAAGAUUCUAAAUCAUAUUAUAUAAAGUAUAAUUUUCAAUAUCUUCAAGAUACUGGCAAGAUAUCAACUAUUGUUCCAACUAGAACAAUACCGAUGCCUUUACCAGUGAUGAAUAUUAUGGUAAGAUAUGGCAGAGAGGAAUUAAUGUCUCAUCCUCUAUGUGUUAAAUACCUUGAAACUAAAUGGAAUUCGUAUGGCAUGUACUUCCAUUUAAUUAAUUUGGCUGUUUAUACUGUGUUUCUCAUAUUCAUUACUGUAAAUGCUAUUCAGUUAAUGAAUGAUGCCGAUUCUAUUAAAGAAAAUAAUUAUAUUGAUAGAGGAAGUAAUUCCAUUCAGAAACCGUUUUGUACUGUAACAUCUAUAGUAGUAUUAAUUUUUGUCGCUUUAAAUAUCAUCAAGGAAUUUUAUCAGAUGAUCCAACAGAAAAAGAAGUACUUUCACGAUGUAAUUAAUUUGCUUGAAUGGUUACUUUACAUAUCUGCUGGAAUAAUGGCCACUGGGCAUAUUUUUCCUGAAAUUAUUUAUUUAAGUACAGAAUACAUCCUUGCAGCUAUCGCCGUAUUUUUAGCUUGGUUUAACUAUCUUUUGUACCUACAAAGAUUCAAUCAAAUAGGGAUUUACGUAGUGAUGUUCCUAGAAAUAUUAUCUACUUUACUCAAAGUGAUGUUCGUCUUUUCUGUUCUCAUAAUUGCUUUUGGGUUGAGUUUCUACAUCCUGAUGGCCACUGUUCAAGGAUCGAAAGAGAAAGGCUUUUAUAAUCCAGCAAUAUCUCUAUUAAGAGUGAGCACCAUGAUGUUGGGAGAAAUAGAUUUUCUUGGAACUUUUCUGAAACCUUUACACCAGGAUACUUUGCCAACCUGGCACCAGAUGGCGGCAGCAUCGUGGUUCCUGGUAGCAUUUGCUAUAUUGAUGCCAAUCCUUCUUAUGAAUCUUCUUAUUGGUUUAGCUGUUGGAGAUAUCGAAACUGUAAGAAGAAAUGCUCAAAUGAAAAGAUUAACAAUGCAGGUAGAAUUACAUACAGAUUUGGAAAGAAAAUUACCAAAUAAAUUAUUGAAAUUAGUAGAUAAAAUGGAAAUAUUUGAAUAUCCAAAUAAAAAAUGUACUUCAUCAUAUAUGUGGAACACUUUACAUAAGUGGUUCGCAUGUUCCAGAGAAGAAGGAGUAGAAACUCAAGAACGAUAUUUUACAUCCAUUGAGAAUGUUCCUGAUGAUAUAUCCGGAGAACUCAAUCGCCAAAAGAAAAAAAAAUUAUUUUCUUUCAGAUUGAAAGAAAUGACAAAACUUAUGGACCAACAGUUACAACUUCUUCGACUUAUAGUACAGAAAAUGGAAAUUCGUACAGAAAAUGGCGACAUAGAUGAAGGGGUGUAUGAUUACCAAGAUAGGCCCAUUAGUGCUACUUCCUAUAAAUUAUCAUCUGUCAAUUCUUCAAAAAGUAAUCAAAAUAUUGUGUAGAAUUUUUAGAAGCGUGAUCUAUAUAUAUACAUAUAUGUCAUUUUGAAAAAUCAUAUAUUAUUUUAUAGCAUUAUUGUGCCUACAUUAUUAAAAAAUUAAUA